AUGAAUCUAGUUACGAAAGUCUCCAAGUGUUCUGGUCUAAUCAAUCACGCAAUGAUCUCGACUGCCAAAACCACCACAGCUGCAACCGCAGAAUAUGAAAAUGGAAUACUUGGUUUGGGGAGAAAAAGGCUAGCCUUUGAAAUCUGUGAGGAUCAAAAUCAGGAUGAAGAACUAAACAGUCAUAUUGCUAAGAAGCGGGCUACCAAUGAUUGCGGACUGCUUACACCGCCUGGCUCGCCCGUGAAGCUUGCAUUCAAAAAAAAUGUACCUGGAACAACGGCAGGUUCAGUAUAUUCCCGUACCAAAGCAGUGCUCCAAAGGUGCUCGAAACUCUCACACAUUGGUUUCGAAGGUUGUCUUCCAACGAGAAAUGCGCAAUUUACACAGAUUAUGCAAUUUUUGACCAGUUCGAUAAGUUCUGGACAUGGAGAUUCUCUCUACGUCACAGGACCUCCAGGAACUGGUAAAACUGCACAAGUGGACCUCAUAAUACGCGAAAAGUUUCCAACGCUGGUUUUGGAGCAGCCGCGUUUGCAACACGAUCCAGAACUUCUCAACACCUCUUUUUUCAAAGCAGAUGAAAACAACUAUCAAUCAGUAGCUGUGGUUUCCAUCAACUGUAUCGCCAUCAAUAAUGCCGAAUCCAUUUUCGCGAAGAUCUACCACUCGUUCGCCAAACAACCGACUAUGAUGGUCCGCAAUGCUGAUGACCUGCAGCAAUUCAUGAAAAAGCAUACUCAAACCACAUUUGUCGUUAUUCUUGAUGAGAUGGACAAACUGGUGACAUCGAGUUUACAGGACACUAAUGCCACAAAACACAUAUUUGAUCUUUUCUUGAUGGCUAAACUGCCGUUUCUGAAAUUUGUUCUAAUAGGCAUAGCCAAUAGUCUGGAUAUGAAGGAUCGCUUUCUCUCAAGGCUCAACCUCAGGCAAGAAUUGGUACCCCGGACAGUCUCUUUCGCACCCUAUACCGCGGAGCAGAUGUCAGAAAUUGUGAUGGAAAAACUUAAGACUUUGGAUACAGAUACUAUCAUACAACCUAUUGCCAUCAAAUUUGCUGCAAAAAAGUGUUCUGGUAACACUGGUGACCUCAGAAAGCUUUUUGAUAUUCUCAGAUCAAGCGUUGAGAUUUUAGAGCUGGAGUCCUUCAAAUUGAGGAACCCAAGCGGUCUGAAAAGCGAUGCUGUCAAGGUCACCUUAGCCCAUGUUGCCAAGGUCUUUGCAACACUUCACAAUAAUUUCUCAACCAAAUCGCGCAUAACCAAGCUCAACAUGCAGCAACGACUGGUACUUUGCUCUUUGGUACAUCGCGAAAGAUCUGACAUCUUUCAAACGCAAACCUCGCUGGACGACGCGUACGAAUAUUAUGCAAGACUACUGCAUCAGAAAGACACCAUUUCUCCGCUGGAACGGAAAGAAUUUUUAGAGAUUUGCAACGCUUUGGAGUCCUGUGGGGUAGUGAAUAUAGCUCAAGGGAAAUCGCAAGGCAGGACCAGACACAUUGUUAGAUUCAUCAGAUCCAAUGUUGAUAAAAAAGAGUUCACUGACGAGAUUAGCAAAAUGCCGUCAUUGAAGGCUUACCUAUAG